UCUCCUUCCCAUGCCAAAUCGUCAAAACACUCGAUGGCACCGAUGAUGAAGUUAGUUUUGCUGGCUGUUAUUCCCCUCCUUCUACGAUUCUGCUGUGGAUGUAUCGAAAGGGAAAGGGAAGCUCUUCUUCACAUUAAAGACGCCUUUUCUGAUCGCUCUUAUUUUUUUCCGUGGGAGAAGGGAACAGAUUGUUGCGACUGGCAAGGCAUAUCCUGUAAUAACACCACGCAUCAUGUAGCUGGUUUUGCUCUGAGCCUACUUAAUGCUGCGGGCCAAACUGAAGGAGGUAUCAUUUGGCAGAGCUUGUGCACCCUCACUUUUCUUGAAACCAUAGACUUAUCUUCCAAUAGAAUAUCAGGUACUCUUCCUCCCUGCUUGGGAAACCUCUCUUCUCUCAAACACCUGGAUUUAAGCAGUAAUAUGUUGAGUGGGAACAUUCCAUUGUCCUUUGCAAGCAUGUCUUCUCUCACACACUUGGAUUUAAGCAAUAAUAUGUUCAGUGGGAACAUUCCAUCGUCCUUUGCAAAUAUGUCUUCUCUCACUUACCUGGGUAUAAGCAAUAAUAGGCUGAGUGGCAACAUUCCAUUGUCCUUUGCAAACACGUCUUCUCUUUAUUUCCUUUUCUUAAAUAACAAUAAUUUGCAAGGUGAAACUUUCCUCAGUACUAUUUGUAUGCUCACAAGCCUUAGAGCUGUUGAACUUAGUUACAACCAUCUGAAUGGAAGCUUACCAUCUUGUAUCGCUAGUCUUCCUUCUCUAACUUAUCUAUUUCUUUCUAAGAAUCACUUGAGUGGUAAUAUCCCAGAUUCUUUAGGCAAUAUUUCCUCGCUCACUAAUUUUGAUGUUUCUUAUAAUGCUUUAAGUGGUUCUGUUCCAGCUUCCUUGGGUGGUCUCUAUUCACUUGAAACCUUGGACCUGUCUUACAACCAGCUGAAUGGAACUCUUCCCUCAUUUUCAAGGCUCUCCUCCCUUUAUUACCUGGCUGCUGAGGGGAAUGUAUUUGCUUCCUCAGCGCUACCCGCAUCGCUUAGCACUCUCCAUCUCACCUUAGACGGCCAUCAGAUAAUUUCAGAGGCUUUCUUUCACAACCUUAGCAAAUUAAAGGACCUGUCCUUGUACAAUUGUGAACUUAAUAUCAGCGCUACCUGGAUUCCCCCAUUCCAGUUAUUCAGCUUAUAUAUAACAUCAUGUAAGAUAGAUGGUCAAGUCCCAUCAUGGAUUUCAACUCAGUUCUUACUUGAAGAUUUGCAAUUAGCUGACAACAAUCUUGUUGGAGAAAUUCCCUCUUGGCUGAUGGAUAUGAAUCUACAAUACAUCAAUCUCACAGAAAAUCAUCUGCAAGGUCGCCUUUUGCUAAAUCAUUCAACUUCGAAGAGCUUAUAUACUCUAGAUGUGUCUCACAAUGCAUUAAGCGGGCAACUACCAUCAAUUUGGCUUCCCGGUAUAGCAAUAUUGUUGCUCAACCACAAUUUCCUAACGGGGAAUAUUCCAGCAAGCUUACAGUUUAGCUCUUCACUCAAUGUAUUAGAUUUGGCAAAUAAUCAUUUGAGUGGAAUCAUCCCUCCAAGCUUAGCCAAUUGUUCCCAGCUUCAAAUGUUGAAUCUGGAGGAUAAUAAUUUGGGGGGAAUGAUUCCAUAUGAGUUUGGUGAGCUAAGAAAACUGCAAUCAUUACUGAUAAAAAAUAACCAGUUGAAUGGAUCAUUCCCUCCCUCCAUAUCAAACUGCACAGAAUUAUAUUUUCUAGAUGUUGGGCAAAAUCUAUUGAAAGGCCAUAUUCCAAAGUCAAUUGGAAACCUUUCAAGGCUGAAAGUGUUAGCAAUGAGGAAGAAUAAUUUUGAAGGGAGUAUUCCUGCUGAAAUUGGGCAGCUGAAGCACCUCCAGAUCUUGGACCUUUCUUCAAAUCGCCUCUCAGGAUCUAUACCACGUAGCAUUUUCAGUUUACAAGCAAUGAUAUCAGAACCACACCGGGAAUUCAGCAUGAUGUAGUUUAAAAAAGAUGCUGAAUUAAUUCCUGAGGGAUCAUCUUUGGAGUUGUCAUCAUCUUACAUGCACAAGAAUUGGUUGGAUAUGAAUUCCAAAGGCAGAGAUGAGCACUACACAUAUAUUUUUCCUAACAUGGUGUCCAUAGAGUUUUCAAACAAUCAAUUGAAUGGGGAUGUUCCGUCUGAUUUGGGAAAGUUGAAGGGAUUGAAGUUGCUUAAUCUUUCCAUGAAUAAUCUCAAUGGGACUAUUCCAAAUAGUAUUGUACAAAUGAUUUGGCUAGAAACAUUAGAUCUUUCUACAAAUCAUUUUUCUGGACCAAUCCCUUUAGAUAUUGGUACUUUGAAUUAUUUGGGAGCCUUAAACUUCUCCAACAACCAU